AUGUCGCACAUUACCACGGCGCCUCGUACAGAUAGAGUAGCGUUUAACGCACUACCCCAAUCGCAUACUCAUAAUGUGAGCCCGGAACGUUCUGAUGAAUCAUACGAUAACUAUAACGAUUAUCAUAACCAUACGACACAACUGCAUGAGCGACAGUACGAUAGAGCUGAUCCCACGUAUGAAAGAAGACAUGGUUUAGUGCGUUCAAGCAGUGGUCGGUCAUGGCCUAGUAGGGGGGUGGACUAUACUCAGGUUUCAACCGGCUAUAAACCCGACAUGAUAAACCAUAGCGAGACUACUCUGGUUGCUAUGCCGGAAAUAGAUCGAGAGCGCCCCAACUAUAAACCAUCUGCACUUAGAUGGCCUUUCUUAGUUAUUUUACUGCUUGUAGUAUCAGCCCUCAUUGGGAUGGUAGUAUGGGCUUUGAAGGCUCUCCCCGUCCUCAACAACAACCUGGACAUCUUAUCCUCGGGCAAUCUCAAAAGAGAUGUUGAGCAAGUGUCGUCCUAUACAGUCGUUCGGAUCGCCUUUACGGAUGUUAGGUCGAUUGACACACCUUCGCCUCUAAAGAACCGCGCUGACGAUAGUUCUGAAUCGCCUGCUUCACCUACGUCUGAGGAGGAUACAACACUAACAUUGUUCGCAACGCCUUCGGAAAACGACUUUGGACACAUCGGUGAUCAGACCAUCACCGAACUAGCCAAGCCAACGACAACACCAUCACCGUCUAAAGACACUACUAGUAAGUCUGGAAUCACCUCAGCAUACCUUCAGCCCCAGGAGAACUUCGGCAACAUUGGUGAUCAGACUAUCACCGAACCAGCAGAGCCAACGACAACAUCACCACCAGCUGACGAUAGCAGUGAACCUGUACCUAUCACAGUGUUCUCCAAGUCCCAGGAAAACUUCGGACAUCUACCUGUAUCUGUCACUAUCACGAAGACAGCGUCAACGGGGGUGCUCAUACCUGGACUUAGUGAUUAUGGCGAUAUAGGGUCGAAAACAAUAUCAGAGACAACGACAAAACCAGACCACCACGACGAUGACGGAUCGACAUCAAUGUACGCGUCACCUCCAGCCUCAAAUCAUGGUGACAUCGGUAAAGUCACGGUUUCGGAAAUAGUAACACGGUCUCCAUCCAUCGUGACGCCAACCUUCGUGACGCCCACGGUCACCGUUAUAACGAACUCGGAGGGGUUGACCACGACUUCAACGAGUAUCCCGGAACCCAUCUCGACACCCCACACGACUACCCUAACCGACUCUCAAGGCCGACCUACGGCCACCCAGGAAACCAGCGUACUCGUCACACCUUCCAUCGUAACUCACACAGACUCAUCCGGGAAACCCACUGCAACAAAAACAUUCUUCCUGCCCACGCUCCUCGCCCUCGCCCUCGCGAUCCCCAUCCGCAUCCUCGACGCCAACGCGAAGCUCCUGCAGCCGUGGCACGCGCUCACGCACGACCGGGGCGCCCCCGGGCGCAAGUCCUUAUGUCUGAACACCUCCGGGCUGCGGUCGCUAGCUGGGGGGCAGGUGCUCGCGUUCCUGACGGCGGCGCUGCUGAUUCCCGUGUCCGCCGAGGCCGUCAAGUUCGACCUGCGCGGCGUCGGGUGCGUCGCGGGCAGCGGCGACGCGAGCAACUGCGCGUACGUGCUCGGCGUGUUCGACCACGCGGCCCAGGCCACCGCCGCACUGCUCGGGUUCAUGGCCCUCGCGCUCGCCGCGCCGCUGGCCGUCCUGGCGCGCUGGCGCUCCGGCGUCGGCGCCAACCCCUGGAGUAUCGGCGGCGCGGCGGCGCUGGCGCUGAGCCCGGACGUACGCCGCCUGUUCACGGGUCUGCCUGCCGGGGUCGACGCGGGGAAGAUGCCGACGGAAGUCCUGGAGUCGGUUCUGGAGGAUCGCUGGUUUAAACUGGGGUACUUCUACGGUCCGCACGGGACGGUCGAGUACGGAGUCAUGCUCCGGGAGGAUGGGCACGGUAAGAAAUACGGUUUGGCGGACGGCGAAGAAGAUAAUGGUGAUGGUGAAGAGCCUAAGGACUAUCCUGCGGUACCGACGAAACCGAAACAUCAUCUGCCCUUCCUGAUGUUAGGGUAUAUUGGGCGAGGCUUGUUCUUAUUCAUUCUAUGCGGGCUACUGGGUCUGGUAAUAUAUUACAACACGACCGGCGGCGACACGGCGUUCGAACGGUUUAUGGAUGGCGAGUUGUUCGGAGUGCGGUUCUUGUUUACCACGUUUGGUGUUGUUAUCAGUUUCUUCUGGGCUUCGUUCUUCAGCAGCAGGUCAUCCCCUCUUUCAUUUCCCCCAAGCAUCGCUAUCCUAAGCCCCUAUCAACUCCUAGCUAAUUCGCCCCAACACGCUCGACGAUCAAUCCUGCUUGCGCCGCCGACCAACGCCUUCUCGGGCCUGCUGUCCUCGGUGCGACAACGCCACGGCUUCCUUGCCGUCGUAGCGUCGACUUCUAUUCUAUCCGAGUUCCUGACAAUUUUCCUCGGCAACAUCCCCUACCGAGUCACGCAGACCUUCCUACUACACCAGGUCUGCACAUGGGCUGCCGUCGGCAUCCUCUGCAUCAUGGUGCUCGUUGUUGGAGCCUCCUUCUUUAUCACGUGGCCGCACAUGCCCGUCGACCCUAGCACUAUCGCGGGAGCUAUGUACUAUAUAUGCGAUUCGUGGAUGCUCAGCCGCUUUGAGGGCUUGAGCACGUUGAAGCGCAAGGAUAGAGACAGGCGCGUCAACGAGAUGGGGCUUAGGUACGAGUUUAGGGAAAUCAGGGGCGUAGCUCGCGUCGGCGUAGAUGCAUCGUUACCAUCACCUGGAGGUAUGGGCUGGGCAUAA